AUCAAUAAUAAAAAAUAAUCAUUAGUCACAGCUUUAAUUCACGUAAGUAGUUAAAAGGUGAAAGGGUUACUUCUUGUCCACACUCCUGUGUGAUGUAGACUGUAAAGUCCUCACAUCCUGCCCAGACAGCGGCAUCACUAAUCCAUCAUCACGUCACCAGAUUUCUCUCCUUCCAGAAUGGUCAAGAAUGAUCUGGGCCUUUCUCAUCCACAUGAUUCUGGGCCAUGGUGGUCAUCUUUGUCUCUCCAGCUCCUUCUUGCAGGGAUUACCCCACCAAUGGCAGGGGUAGGCAAGAGAUUAGCUCCUCAGAUUAAAGUGUCCACCUCCAAACCCUGCCUAAUCCUGCCAUCUGUCAGAGAGCAGCAAACCAGCUAAGACUGUCUCCACUAGGCUAAUUAGAAAGCCACAGACCUAGAGAGGAAAGAGAAAUCUCCAAAACACACACUUUUCUGUCUGGUACCGCUCAAGGCAGAGUGACAAUGGAGGAGACAUACCUUAUGAACCACCCAGGAGUGAGCAAGAAGAUUCUGGCUGGAGGCACAGGACCGAUGCCACACUUUCCACCUGGGACAAAGCUGGUUUUCCAUUUCCAGACACUGCUGGACAACUUUGAACGAACAGUCAUCGAUGACAGCAGACUGGCCGGCAGGCCAGCUGAGAUCUUUGUUGGGAAAAUGUUCAAGAUGGAGGUGUGGGAGACCCUUCUGAUGUCCAUGAGGACAGGAGAGGUGGCUGAGUUCUGGUGCGAUGCCACUCACACAGGAUUGUAUCCCAUCGUGUCCAAGGGAAUGAGGUUGAUCGCUCAAGGGAAAGACCCCCUAGAGGGCCAGAGACACAUGUGUGGCAUGGGAAACAUGUUCCACUAUCAUUCCACUGGUUUCCCAGAGCUGGAUGAGCUAAUGAGAACUCCUCAGCCACUUAUAUUUAUCAUGGAGUUGUUGCAGGUGGGAGACCCCAUGUCCUACCAGAGAGAGUCAUGGAUGAUGGAAAAGGAUGAGAAGCUGCAGACGGUGCCAAUUCUCCACAUGCAGGGCAAUGCGCUGGUCAAGCAGAGAAAAUUCAGAGAGGCUGCCAGCAAGUACAAAGAGGCUGUCCUGCUGCUGAAAACAGUCCAGUCUAGAGAGAUGCCGGGUGACAUAGACUACAUUAAUUUAGGGCGAAUGAUUCUCCCCCUGGAGCUGAACUACUGCCAGUGUAUGUUGGAGCUGGAGGAGUAUUAUGAAGUUAUAGAGCACACCACUGACCUGCUGGAGAAACACAAAGACUGUGUGAAGGGCUACUACAAGAGAGCCAAAGCCCACGCUGCCGUGUGGAAUGAAAAAGAAGCUCGGAGAGACUUCAACAUGGUGGCCCACCUGGACAUCACUCUGGCCUCCCUUGUCAGUCGGGAGAUAAAGGCCAUGUCAGAGCGCAUGAAGGAGAAAUAUUGGGAGGAGAAGGAGAAAUACUGGAACAUGCUAGAGAAAAAGGAGAAUAAAAACGAAGAGGUGGAAGACAAAGAAAAACAAGAAGACAGUAAAGACAAAGUGGAGGAAGAAAAUGGUAAAGAAGAAUCUCCAUCCAAAUCUGCUGAAGGCCACAAAGAGGAAGUCUUGCCUGAGGAAACGGGUAACAAAGAGGAAGUAGACUCUUCUGAGAUGAAUCCAAAGACUUCCAAAGAAGCAGAGGGGAAGGACUGGCAGCAGAUGCUACGACUGGUCAUGUUGCUGCAGAACGAAGGAAACUUCCUCAUUAAGGAAAAAAACUUUCAAGAUGCUUCUGUGAAGUUCAAGGAGGCUGUAGAAUAUGUGGACGUCCUUCGGAAUAUGGUCGAUCAACAAGCUGAUGACUGGGAGUCGCUGGAGAAAGUGUGCCUUCCGCUGACUCUCAAUCUGAGUCAGUGCAUGCUGGAGCUCAAACAAUACCAGCAAGUGGUGGAGCUCAACAACAAGCUGCUGAAGAAGCAUAAAGGUAACUUUAAGGCAGUCUACCACCGGGCACAAGCACACGCUGCUUUGUGCAACGAGGAUGAAGCUCGCAGGGACUUUGAUAUGGUGGAGAAAUUGGACCCAAAGUUUAAACCCUUUGUCCGACAGGAACUGAGAAAGCUGGGUGAGAGAAUGCGUGCCAUCCAUGCUCACCAGAAUAAAACUUACUGGGAUACAACACAAGAGAAAUGGGGGCCUGGUGGAAGCAAGGCAAAGGGUGCAGCAAGAAAGAAGAAAGUUUCACUGAAAGCCACUGAAGGAAAAACUGAAGCAGAUAAGAAGACCGACAACAGUAAGAUAGAAGACAAGGAGAGCUCAAAGAAACCUGCUUCUGCUGAGACAGAGGGAGUGGAUGACGCAGGAACAGAGAAAAAUACAGAUCAGAAAGUAGGGCAGUGUAUUAAAGAGCUGGAGAGUGGAAUGGCAAGUAGAGAGGGGUUAGAUAAUGAAAAUAGGGAGAGUGUCAUGGUUCAUGAGGAUGGACAGAGUGCACCAGAUAAUCAAGCAACAGACAACGAUAGCAAUCCUGCGGCCACCAGCACAGGCGAAGAUAAUGUAGAGAGCAAGAGAUCGACGAGCGAUAAGGGCAGAAAGGGCAAAUGCUGCACUGGGCCCCAAGUACAAUAAGCUACGAGAACAAAGCCACCAGUGAUAAAACAGGAAAUGGUGACAAUCAAUCAGAAUAGACCAGUGGGCUUUAAUUAUCUUGUACAGAGCCAAAGGACAACUGAGGUGAGAGAGACAAAUAGACCAGUAUGGAUGCAAAAAGUGUAACAGGAGGUAAGAGAAGUGAUGAACAGCCAAGCCUCAAGUCUCAACAGGAAAUAUUGAUUCUGCCACAUUCAAACAGAAAUGUAAACAGAAGAAGGAAAAAAUUAAUAUAAACAACCGCAUUUGGCACCUUUCUGAGAAAGUUUCACUACUCAGUUCUCAAAGGGAUAACCAGGCACAUAAAAAAGAACAGACAGACAGACGUUUGCCAAAUACAAAGUUUUUUUUUUUUAUUUCUGUACACAAAGAGUAGAAAGCAGCCAGUAACCCACUUGUUAUUACAGUAAAAAGCCUUUCUUCAGGAAACUUUUUUAUACAGAUUAAAAACUCCAGAGAAAAGACAACAAGAAGUGUUUGAGUGCUGGACAAUAACGUAAAACCAAACCCCAUUAAACAAACAUCUGAAAUGAUUAAUGAGGUAUAUUAAUGGUGAUUUUUAAAAAACAAACAAAAAAAAACCUCAGUUCACCAGUAAGGUAUGAGUGUAUAUAUACGUAUAUAUAUAUAUAUAUAUUUUUGUUAGUGUUAUCAAAAGAAUUGUGUGAUUCAUUGCCCUGUCAUGUGAGAGGUGACAUACAAGCACGUGUGUGUCCUUGUUACAAGCUUAGAUGUAUGAUAGGGUGUGACGCAAAGGCAGGAGAGUAAUGAAUGGAGCCAUUGGCUUGUUGGCUGGCUACAUGCAGUAACAGAAGUCUGGAGAGCGAUAGCAGCGUCCUCUUUGGGGAGGGGGAUGGGGGGUGGGCACUCUUGCCUCUGUUGAGAGUCUUUUUCUUUAAUCACAGAGCUUUAGUCACAGCCACAGAGAGCAGGAUUAUAGUGUGCAUGGGGAAUACAGAGAGCAACUACCAGUAUAGAAAUUUGUACAUGUAUCAGAGAGAUGAUCAGUCAAAGAGAGACGGGUGUCGCUGCGUGACUCCUGCAAGCAAUUUAAGACGCAAGGGUCAAACAGCAGCAGCAGAGUGAAACACAGGGACAAACUGUGUGUACGGUAACAUAACUUUACCCACCUAGUGUAUUUACUUCAGUCUGCCUCCCCCAUAUUGUCUUAAAAUACACACAACAAAUGUUGACAUGCAGCCCUGUGGGGAAAGCCUCCCUCGUCUCUUCUUCUUCUUCUUCUUCACAUGCUGUCACUCUUACAUCAUUAUGUGUAAACAUACAAAAGUAUGGAGAUAAGAGUGUGAGGCCGCCGGGUGAUCAUCAAUGUGUAAUGAGAUGUGUGAAUACCAAUAAAAUGUCUAUGAAUAAACAUUGCUUGUCAUGGCUUCUUCUUUUUCUCAUCCACAAGCUGAGCUUCUUUGUUCUGACGGGUGAGAGCUUUACCAAAACAAAUUCUGAAGCGAUGCUGGUGUGUUCACGGAUUUAACAGAUGAUAAUGAUUAUCUUCAGCAGCUACACGCUGGCAGGAUUCAUUGGAGGUGGAAGUGAAGAAGAGGAGAGUGGCUCUCUCCCUUUGCUUCCCUUAAGGCUAUUAGCAUUUGUAUGAUGAACGGCACAUCACCUUUCCCAACUCACAAACCUGUGGUGCUGCGUCCUUAGGGACAGUUCCCUAGCAACAGUACAAAAACUAACAGGCAAUGAGCGCUGAGGAGGACAGUGUCAAAAUGUGAGCGCAGUGUGCCCUGCAGGGGUAGCCCAUAAUGAAUGCAGCACAUGGGUUUCAAACUCAUGUAUGUGAGGUCAGAGUGUCAUUUUUAAGAUUAAGAUGAAUUCCUAACUGUGUAUAUCGCUGUCUUUUCUGUGAGAACGAGGCGGUGUGAUUGCUGAGAAACACACAGAGCCACAGCUUACUUGUUUCAGGCAAUCUCUCAUCUUGCUUCUGGAGAUUUUGCUAUGGCAGGCACAUCAAAGUGGAUCUCUCCCACCAGCCCUCCAGCAAUAAAUGGAUUGUUUUUUUUUUCACCUUUCCUCUCUUGUCUCAGAUCUUUAGGCCCCUCCAAGCAUCCCAUAGUAUCAUGAGUUCACCCAUGAAAGCAAUAUUUAGCUUGUUUCAAUGAAUGGAUGCUCACACGCUCUGAUCCACACUUUUUUUCCACUCUAUUUUUUCUGUUACUCCAAAUUAACCACAGGACUGUCCAGCGACUGACAGCCGCGAACCCACGCCUGAUGCAACCUCCUUCCCUGAAUGUUAAACAUAAUGAAAAAAAAAAAAAACAAGUCCAGAGAGACUAACGUAUUUUAUAUGGAUUCUUUUUGGUUUUAAGGCAUUAAUCGACUGUGCUAUGUUUAGAACAAUAUGACCCUGAUAGGAUGAGGGCAAAGCCAUUUCAAUUGCACGUCUUUUUGUAAAUCUAAAA